GCGCCGUUGAUGACGCGCUCGGGGCGCGCCGCCGACUUCGGGCCUGGGCCGGUUGCCGGGCGACGGGGGAGGCCUGGACGGACCCGCGGCGGCGAUGGAGCCCGACCCGCAGCCCUGCUCCGUGCUGAGCAACCUGGCCGAGGUGGUGGAGCGCGUCCUGGCCUUCCUGCCCACCAAGGCGCUCCUGCGGGCGGCCUGCGUGUGCCGGUUGUGGAGAGAAUGUUCCCGUCGAUUGCUGAGGACUCAGCAGAACUUUACCUGGGUCUCUGCUGUUGAGUCGGGGUCGUCCAAUAACCACGCUCUAGUCCAGGUGUUAGAAGAGGAGCUUGAAAAGGUCCAAGUGCUGCCCCAGACGGUGCUUUACAUAGCAGACGCCGAGACUUUCAGCGGCCACGAAGAACACAGGCAGAAAAAAGCGAGAAGAAGGAACAGCAAAGAAACAGCCAUCGCUUUGGAACGGUUGCUGCCGAAACGGUGCCACGUCCUUGGUUUGGUGACGCCUGGGAUUGUAGUCAACCCGACAGGAUCUCGCAGCGGCCGCCCCUUGGAGAUCGAAGACGGUGAAGCCGGCUUUGCGCUGCUGUUCCCCAAGAUCGACGGGGUGAAGAUUCAGACUUUCCACUUUUUUAGAGACGCAAAGUCCAAGGUCAUUGAUGAAAACCAAUUUGCUGAAGCAGGCCUGAAGAAUAACCCCGAUCUCAGAGUGGUUCUUCUGUUCGGAUACAACACCUGGAAGUCGGGAUCCACCCGGUUCCUGCACCAGAUAGUCAACCGCUUGAACGAGAAAAGCAUCAUCCUGGCCGGGGGGCACGUGGACAGCUUCACGUCCCUGACUUCUGAGAGUAACAACCAGGCUGCCGAAUCCUGCGGCGUCGUCGGCUUGGCGUUCAGCGGGCCCCAGAUCCAGAGCGCCGCCGUGCUGAUGGACCAAGACGUGGCGGACGAGAGGACGGCGGAAGCCGCCAUGCAGCGCCUGAAGGCGGCGAGCAUCCCCGAACACAACACCAUCGGCUUCAUGUUCGCCUGCGUCGGCCGGGGAUACCAGCAUUACAAGACCAAGCAGAACCUCGAGGCAGAUGCUUUCCGGAAGUUCUUCCCCCGCGUCCCCCUCUUCGGCUUUUUCGGGCACGGGGAGAUCGGGUGCGACCGGAUCGUGACCGGGAAUUUCAUCCUCCGGGAAUGCAAUAACGUCAAAGACGACUUGCUGCACGGCUACACCACCGUGAUGACCCUGAUCCACCUGGGUUGAGCCAAAGCAAACUGGGCUGAAACCACUCGUGGUCAGUAGGCCCGGGGCUGCUUCCCUUUCCAGAAGAGCUUAAAAAGCAAACCAACCCCGGGCUAGCAAACCCAGUUUCCUCCCUGCGAUGAAAGGUGAUGAUCGUCCGAUUGAUUUUAUGAUUUUUAGCUGGCAUAAAAAUUAGCUGAGAAGAGGGGAAAGGGCACCUUUUCUUUUGGCGCGUGUACAGCUUUAAAACUGCAACUCUCCGUUCUGUAGUUAAAAUUUGGGUUUCGUCCCCGCGGUCGGACCUUACGACACUCAGUAUUAUGUUCAGGAUUGCCAGGAUCUGUGUGCGCGUGGGACUGAAAUAUCGACAUUCCCGCGCGCGAGCUGUGGAAUGGCUUCCCCUCGCCGAUCCAGUUAGGUGUUGCAGCGUCUUUUUAACCGCCGGGCGUCUCUUCUUUCGUGAUGUGGCUCUCCAUGUCUGAAACAGACCCUCCUAUGAAAUCACUCGUUUGGGGGUCAAGUGGCUCAAUCCCCAGGGUGGCCAAAUUGAAACGCAGUAGGCUUUUGUGUUCUAGGAUUUUACACUGUACUUAGGAAAGAAUAAAGGCAACCGAGCGGAAUGUUGGGAAAACAUUUUGAAAAUCCCUUGGCUAAAUUGUACUUUAUUAUAAAUCACAGCAGCUGACCCUCCUUCUCUGCUAUAAUGAUUAGAAUGCUUUAGGGCCAUGGUGGCGAACCUUUGGCAUUCCAAAUGUUAUGGACUACACUUCUCAUCAGCCCCUGCCAGCAUGGCCAAUUGGCCAUGCUGGCAGGGGCUGAUGGGAAGUGUAGUCCAUAACAUCUGGAGUGCCAAAGGUUCGCCACCACUGCUUUAGGGUUCUGUUCUGAAUCUUGUAGUCCAAAGCGCCCUUACUUGGAAGCAGGCUUCAUCCUAUCUCAAUGGUGGCGAACCUAUAGCACUCCAGUUGUUCAUGGACUACAAUUCCCAUCAGCCCCUGGCAGCAUGGUCAAUUGGCCAUGCUGGCAGGGGCUGAUGGGAAUUGUAGUGCAUGAACAUCUGGAGCGCCAUAGGUUCACCACGAUGGUCCUAUCUAGUGCCAGCAACAGCGAGGGUGUAUUCACUGGGACAAACAUCAGCAAAAAACCCAGAACCAUUUGUGUCUGCAGGAAGAAGAAUGGAACCGACUGAUAAAAACCUCCGCACAAGAGAUUCUCAGCCUUGUUAACACUGUAUCUCUGUAUGACCAAAACACAGUUUUUCUCCUCAGUAAAAAUUGCGAAACUGCCGUAUCAAGAA